UAUUAUUUUUAAAAAAUAAAUUAUAAUGUUAUGGUGAUGUAUUAGUUAAGAAAAAGAAAUUCAUUGUUCCAUUAAGACACUUGGCUUAAAAGGCAAGCAAAAUCAUAACCUCCAUUUUUCCAAGUACAAAAUCAUGUACCCCCCACUACUACUGCACUUCCUUAUCACUCCCUUCCGAUCUUUUAAUUUUUCCUUUUCUAAUUAAGAAAAAAAAAUUGAUAGUUGACUGACUCAGACUCUACAUAAAAUUGAAAUUAAACAAUAAAACAAAAUCUCAAUAAUACUAUUAACAAUAAAACAAUUUGAAUGUAAUUAGUACUAGUAGAUAAUAACAUUAUUGCGCAUUAAUUAAGCUAAUUAUAAAAAAAAUUAAGAACAAUGAUCUGUUUUAUUAUUUUUUUCUAAGCAUUGGAUGUCACCAACUCAAUGAGCACAUGAAAUAAAUAAUUAAAUAAAUAAAAGCUUGCACAUAACUCGGUUUAACUCAACUCAGACGCAAUAAAUAAAUAAGGAAGGAGAAUAAUAGGCAGCAGAGAGAGAGGUUGGUUUGAAACAAUGAAACCUCCUCUGUCUUCGUCUUCAUCUUCUUCCUCUGUUCUCAGAAAGCCUCGCCAUCUCUCUCCUUACCUCUUCUCCUUACUAGCUUUCAUUGUCUUCGUCGCCAUUCUUUACGGCGAGGACGUCGCCUGCGUCUUCAACCAGCAGCUUCAACUCGGUUCCGACUCACCCCGAUACUUCACUGGACCUUCGAGUUUAGUUUUCGGGGUAGAGAAGAAGAGAGAGAAGGCCCUUCCCUUCGCCAUCGGUAAAACUGACCCCAGUUGCGACAUUUUCAGCGGACGUUGGGUUUAUGACGAAUCUCGACCGCUUUACGAAGAAUCGGAUUGUCCUUAUAUACAACCUCAGUUGACCUGCCUUGAACACGGUCGACCAGAGACGAAUUAUCAACACUGGAGAUGGCAACCUAACGGCUGUGAUCUACCCAGGUUCAAUGCCACGCUGAUGCUUGAGACCCUGCGAGGCAAGCGGAUGAUGUUUGUAGGAGAUUCUCUGAACAGAGGUCAAUACGUCUCCAUGGUUUGUCUUCUUCACAAACUCAUUCCUGAAGAUGGAAAAUCAAUGGAAACCUUCGAUUCAUUGACAGUUUUCACUGCCAAGGAAUAUAAUGCCACAAUUGAGUUCUAUUGGGCACCAUUUAUUCUUGAAUCAAAUUCAGACAAUGCUGUCAUCCAUAGGGUAUCUGAUAGGAUUGUGAGGAAAGGAUCUAUCAAUAAGCAUGGCAAACAUUGGAAGGGUGUUGAUAUAAUGGUGUUUAACACUUACUUGUGGUGGAUGACUGGCUUGAAGAUGAAAAUAUUGCGUGGAUCUUUUGAUGACGAAGCUAAGGAUAUCAUGGAAUUAUCGACAGAAGAUGCUUAUCGUAUGGCAAUGAGGAGUAUGUUGAGAUGGGUGAGGAUCAAUAUGGACCGGAAAAAGACAAGAGUAUUCUUUACUAGCAUGUCCCCUACUCAUGCGAAGAGUGGAGAUUGGGGCGGUGUUCCAGGUCGUAAUUGCUACAACGAAACAAGAAUGAUAGAAGAUCCAAAUUACUGGGGUUCUGAUAGCAGAAAAAGCAUAAUGGAGGUGAUCGGAGACGUAUUCCGUAAAUCGAAGUUUCCCGUUACAUUUCUCAACAUCACACAACUCUCAUUAUACCGGAAAGACGCACACACAUCAAUAUACAAGAAGCAAUGGAGUCCAUUGACUCCUGAGCAAAUAGCCAAUCCCGUCAGCUAUGCCGAUUGUACACACUGGUGCUUACCGGGUCUUCAAGAUACUUGGAAUGAGCUUCUUUUUGCCAAACUCUUUUACCCUUGAUUUUUAUUUAGUCCAAACAUCAGAGAGUCCUAAUGAUCUUUUACUUGUGAUGUACAUGUUGCCGCACACAUAUUGAUGAGUGAUCUUAGCUAUUGCGGGCGGGGGUCUUUUGAUUUUUCUCUUUUCCAAAGUGUAACAUUAACAACGAUUAAAGGGCAAUUUUGUAUUCUGGGAGAGGAGUGGGAGAAGGGGAAAGAGGAGGUUCGGUGUAAAAUCUUCAUAGAUGAUAGGCAUAUAUAUAAUACAAGAAAAUUUGUUUGAUUGAUUCAUCAUAA